AUGGCAAGCGAACAGGAAAAGCGACAAUUGGUCCUUCGUCGCACUUCUUUACUGGCUUCAUUGGGACGAGCGAGUAAAUUUCUGGAGAUGUACGAAGAUGAGAAGGACAGGCUCGAAGUAGCACUGCGGAUAGAGAAUCUUGACGUUGUUCGGGCGGAGCUCGAAAACAUCCAAACAUCUUUGGAAUGCAACGACGAGACGAGCGAAGUUUCCUCUUGUCUCAAGAGUCUUAAACUACCGACGAUUACAUUACCUGAGUUUGACGGGAAUUACAACGAAUGGCUAGCAUUCCACGACACCUUUUUUGCGUUAAUUCAUUCAAAUCAAGACGUUCCGGACAUCCAGAAAUUCCAUCACCUGAAGUCGUCAGUUACAGGAGAAGCUGCUCAAGUAAUUGAGUCAUUCGCGAUUAGUGCCGCCAAUUAUCAAUUGGCAUGGCAAGCACUCGUGGGAAGGUAUGCAAAUGAAUAUCUCCUUAAGAAGCGGCAUAUACAAGCGAUGUUGGAAAUCCCACGGAUAAAGAAGGAGACGACAGUUUCGUUACAUAAAAUUGUAGACGACUUUGAGCGACAUACCAAAAUACUAAGACAACUCGGAGAACCUGUAGAGGCUUGGAGCACAAUGUUGGAGCAUUUAUUAUGCAUUCCUCUUCCCGAUGAAACUCUCAAAGCGUGGGAGGAUCAUGCAGCAUCCAGCAACAAUCAAACCUACGAUGCGCUGAUUGAAUUUCUGCAUCGGCGUAUACGAGUUCUUGAAUCUGUUUCCGUGAAUCAUGCUCAGUCUCCGCAGCAGUACGUACCCUCCUCUCAUAGUUCAGCACCUUUGAAAACGUUCCAAAUCGAAUCGUCCGCUUCGACAGUGAUUGAUGGUUAUCCUAACAGGUGUUAUGCUUGCGAACAACGGCACCCGUUGGUGAAAUGCACGCAGUUUGGAAAGAUGAGUGCUGCUGAUCGGUUAACUUUGGUGAGCGGAAAUCGACUCUGCCUCAAUUGCUUCCGAGGUGAUCAUUUUUCUAGAAACUGUCCAUCGAAAUAUACAUGUAGAUUCUGCAAACGACGGCACCACUCCCUCCUCCAUUCCGGAUUCGGAGAUAAUACAAGCGCUUCUGGAUCAAAUAAUGUUUCAAGAAUAACUACCAACUUGAAUUUGGUCUCCGAAAGUGACGAAUCCACAUCAUCUAUUCUUUCCGCUGCCACGUCUAUUAAACAACCAGAAGUAGAGUGCAGUCUUCCGGUCAAAAACGUAGAGAAAAAUGCUUUCCUGUUGACGGCGGUUGUGGUUGUGGUUGACCGUUAUGGCAAAGAGCAUUACGCGCGAGCUCUUCUGGACUCCGCAUCACAACCCAAUCUGAAAUAUGGCUCAACUGCUACGAAUAAAGAGAAAUAA